AUGAGUAUGUGUGUUAGAGAACAACGUGUAACUUCUUUUGGUCUUUUGGUAACUGGAUUUAGUGAAGAGAAUAGUUAUCUUUUCAUCACUGUUACUGAUAUCUCUUUGAGUGACUACAUUGGUGUCCAAGCUUCGAAGCACGCAACCUAUGUGCCGCACACUGCUGGAAGGUACUCAGUGAAGCGUUUCCGGAAGGCUCAAUGCCCAAUUGUUGAGAGGCUUACGAACUCACUGAUGAUGCACGGCCGAAACAAUGGGAAGAAACUUAUGGCAGUUAGGAUUGUGAAGCAUGCCAUGGAAAUUAUUUAUCUCCUGACUGAUCAGAACCCAAUUCAAGUCAUUGUCGAUGCUAUAAUCAACAGUGGACCUCGUGAAGAUGCUACUCGUAUCGGUUCUGCGGGUGUUGUGAGGCGUCAGGCUGUUGAUAUUUCUCCUCUUCGUCGUGUGAAUCAAGCCAUCUAUCUCUUGACCACCGGAGCACGUGAGUCUGCAUUCAGAAACAUUAAAACCAUUGCUGAAUGUUUAGCCGAUGAGCUUAUUAAUGCUGCAAAGGGAUCGUCGAACAGCUACGCGAUCAAGAAGAAAGAUGAAAUUGAGAGGGUUGCCAAGGCCAACCGUUGA